UUCUUCCUUCUUCCCGGGCAGACGGAUAGGGUGGGAAUGUGGGAGCAGAUCAUCUUCUUCGGAGCCAAGCUGCGGCGGCGGAGGAGAUGGCCAUGCCCACCUUCCACCUCGCCCCCGACCUGCCACCGGUCUCCCGCCUCUGCUUCGGUUCCACCUCCGACUCCCUCCAUCCCUUUCUCUUGCGCUGGUGGAUCUGCGCUGGCUGACCGCCCGCGCGAGCGGGCGAUUCGCGCAGGGACGAUGACGAUGGGGGAGCAGAGCGGGGCGCCGGGCUCGCUGCGCCUCCUCGACGCCGCCUUCGACGCCGGGGUCAACUUCUUCGACUCCGCCGAGAUGUACCCGGUCCCGCAGCGCAGGGAGACCCGCGGGCGCAGCGAGGAGCUCCUCGGCCGCUGGCUGCGGGCCCGCCGGGCCCCGCGAGACCAAGUCGUCGUCGCCACCAAGGUCGCCGGGCCGUCCGGCCAGAUGACGUGGAUCCGCGGCGGGCCGACGUCUCUCGAUUCGCAGAACAUCGCGGAGGCAAUUGAUGGGAGUUUGCACAGGCUGGGUGUGGAUUACAUCGACCUCUACCAGAUACACUGGCCCGAUCGGUAUGUUCCUAUGUUUGGGAAAACAGAGUAUGACCCGAGCUGCCAGUACACGUCUGUUUCAAUGGAAGAACAACUCGAGGCUCUUGGAAGAGCCAUAGAUGCUGGAAAGAUCAGGUACAUUGGCCUUAGUAACGAGACUCCUUAUGGCAUGAUGAAGUUUCUUCAGCUGAGCAAGGACUUUCAGUUGCGUUCCAAGCUACUGACAGUGCAGAACUCAUAUAACUUGCUCUGCCGGAAUUUUGAUUCUGGAUUGGCAGAAUGCUGCCAUCACGAGAGAAUCAGCUUGCUGGCCUACAGCCCAAUGGCAAUGGGUAUACUUUCUGGAAAGUAUCACUCAUCUUAUGACUGUGGUCCACCAGAGGCAAGGAUGAACCUUUUCAAAGGGAGAUAUUCUGAAGGCGAAUCCAGAUACAAACUGCAGAGUCCUAAAGUGAAAUUAGCUGUGAAGGAAUACACGCAGAUUGCUGAGAAGUAUGGAAUUUCUCCAGCAACCUUAGCGAUAGCAUUUGUUUUGAGACACCCACUUGUGUCAUCAGCUGUUUUUGGUGCUACUAAAUUAAGGCAGCUUUAUGAGGUUCUUCAGGCAGCUAGGAUCCAUCUCCCUGAGGAAAUUCUUGCUGAGAUCAAUGAUGUUCAUACAAGAUUCCCAAAUCCUUGCCCAUAAAAUUCUUAGUAGGGAUCAUUUUUAUUUGCUGAUUGCAAUGUCAGUAUGAUUGGGAAAUUAUGAUGGAGCUGCAAUUUUGUUAGAGCUGAGUUAGCCAUCUACUUAUCACAUUUAUUCUCUCUUUCUUUGUCAAUGUUGUCAUGGAUUGUCGAAGACAUGAAAUAAAUUGUUUUAUUGUCCGUAUUA